AAAGGAUUGGGCUGACUGGCUAGAAGGUAUUACUUAUAGUCGAAACGAUGUUGUUGAAGUUGAUGUGAUCAAGUUGAUGAUAGUUAGAAUUUCAAAGGGCAGCAGAACCCAGAACGAUCAGGAUCAAUAGUUUAACGUUUUGUAUUCUACUUUCGACGUUGAACAUCAGUUCUCCUAUGCUUUUCAUUAUGAUCAAUGUCAAUGUGCAACUGCAACAUUGGACAUUGAUUCUCGUCCCAUUCACAUCAUACGAUGUUAGGUUUCGCUGUAGCAGGAACGCAGGAGGAGAGCGCACCCUCCCAUAGCAAAAGUGGCACACAACGUCGGGCGCAUCCGAAAUCCACCAAGACGUCGUCCGCGGGACGAGGAGAUUUAAGGACAGUAGGCUAAAUGUGUUCCUGUUGCCGUUCGUUUUGCCUUCCUGAAGUGGGAAAGGCAUAACGAGCGGGGUAAACGAACACCAAGAGCAUACCUCUAAGAGAUGCUGCAAGGGCGUCUACUCCACGAC